UGCAGUCCGGAGAAGUAGCAGGCCUCGGGGAUGCGGGAGCGGGAUAGGGGCGGCCUGGGGCUGAGGGACAGGCCGGAUCCACGCGGCCCCAGAUGCGUGCGUUGGAAGGCGCACGUCUGUCGGGGGAGGGGCUCGACCCUGGUUGCAGUGGUUUAUUCUCCGUGUGGUCUUUUUGAUCGGCCCGGGGAGUUCAGGGCGCCUAGGGCAGCGAGGUGGCUGUGGUGGUUGCUUUGGCAGCGUGGGGGUGGACGCGGUCUGAGCGUAGAGGGCGACCCCCGCUUCUUGUCUCCCGACUUUGUGUCUACCUGGAGAACCAGUAUUCUGUGGACCAGCUGCGGAGAGCUGGGUCUCCCGGGGCUAGGCCGUUCCCUGUGGACUCGGGGGUCUGCUUACUGGCGUUGAGUCAUAUGCUCCUGCACUGGGAAGUGGCCAGAAUACCAAUGAAUUGCAGUGGGACACUCAGCUGUCACUAGGCCGCAGAUAGUCUCUGGCCAUGCAUGGCCAGUACCUACUCUUUAUUACGCAAGUAAAUUAGGAAAUAGGGCUCAAAACACCUUGUUAAUCGAGAAGUUGCUGCCAGGCUGCCUGUAAGGACUCAGGUUCUUUUGUGGACCUUUUGACAAGAGUUUUGGGGAAGUCAGGUCUGGUGACAUGGGCAUAGGCUAAUAGAGCCGGCUGCAGCCUUUUCUCCUCAGGCUCGUGUUGGGGUCAAUGCCAGACCUUUUGACAUACUGGGUUCUUAGCCCAGCAUGUCCUUUCCUUAGGCUUCCUAUGUAUGCUCAGUUUACUAUAGAGUCUCCUUCAGGUGACAUUGCACAAACCUCCUAGGUUCUGGUUUUUACAUUUGCACGCUUAAAGGGUGGUCUUUACCACGUUUUGGGGGCUGGGGGCUGUGGGUAGCAGUAUCACUGAUGGGACAGGAGAACGGUGGGACUGUUUUUUCAGAGACAGUGACAAGUCCUGCUUUAAACAUUUUGAAUAUGAGAUGACAUCUAAGUGAAAGAUUAGAAGGAAGGUGUGGGGUCCUUGGGUGAUGGAGACCUAGGGACCAAAGUGAACUUGGAGGAAGAAGUAGAUUUAAGAGCAGAAGAUUGGGCUGAACCUUGAGGAGAAAGCACAUAUUUAAGGAGUCUGGAAAGAGAGCUGGUAGCAGAAGAAAUGAAGAUUGGGUGGGGUCUCAUGGAGGCUUGGGACUGCAUAUUGCUAUGGUGGAAAGAGGGUAAAAGUAGUUUUUUUUUUUAAUUUUUAAAAUUUUAUUUGGUGAGACUGUGUUUUGAGCAGUUGUAUUUGGGUCCAGAGUCCCAUUGGGCCCAGGUUCAAGUCCAGACCAACUAGUCAGUUACUCAUCUGUGAAAUGGGGAUCAUAGUGUUACCUUUGUCUGCACAUAGGAACCCUCAAUAACUAGCCAGCAAAUUCCAGGCACAGCUGUAAUGACUUAACAUACUGCAUUCAUUGAAGAUUUACAGUAACCUGUGAGCCUUCUACAGAGGAGGAGAUUAAGCUACAGAGGUUAAGUUACUUACUUAAGCUGUUUUUGGAAAGAUGGAAAGUGGUGCAGUUCUGCUGGAAUCCAAAUCCUCACCGUUUAACCUUCUUCAUGAAAUGCAUGAGCUCCGCCUUCUGGGUCACCUGUGUGACGUCACAGUCAGUGUGGAGUAUCAAGGUGUCCGGGAAGACUUUGUGGCCCAUAAAGCAGUGCUGGCAGCCACCAGCAAGUUUUUUAAGGAAAUGUUUCUUAAUGAGAAGAGUGAGGAUGGUACCAGAACUAAUGUCUAUUUAAAUGAAGUACAGGUUGUUGACUUUGCUUCAUUUCUGGAGUUUGUCUACACUGCCAAGGUACAGGUGGAAGAAGAUCGCGUACAGCGGAUGCUGGAAAUGGCUGAAAAGCUAAAAUGUUUGGACCUUUCAGAAACUUGUUUCCAGUUAAAGAAACAGAUGUUAGAGUCAGUCCUUUUGGAAUUGCAGAAUUUCUCUGAAUCUCAGGAAGCUGAGGUGAGCAAUGGCUCCCAGGUAGGUGUUGCUUCAGACUCUAGGGCAAGUACAGGCCUUGAUGGUGCCCACUCCAAUGGCCUUGUGGAUUCUCCAGAUUCCCCAGCGGAGAGAAUCAGCAAUGGCAUGUCACCUGAUAUGCCACUGAGGAAGUCCAAGGAGAAACUAGACAAAAAGAAAGAUGUAGCUAAGCCUCCUUACCCUAAAAUCAGAAGAGCUAGUGGAAGGCUGGCUGGAAGAAAGGUAUUUGUGGAAAUCCCUAAAAAGAAGUACACAAGAAGACUCCGGGAGCAGCAAAAAAGUGCUGAGGAUGAAGCUGAGAAUUAUACUUUCUCCCAGGACCAAAGCCCAGACAGUGUGGAACCAGAGAUGGAGCCAGUUGCAAAAAUCCAGGGUGAUAGUACUGGUGUGGAGUUGGAGGAAGUGCUGCCAAAAGCAGCUGGGGAGGAGGAGGAAGAGGAGGAAGAGGGAGAGGGAGAAGAGUUAGAGAAGAAAAAGAAGAGCAACUUUCAGUGCUCUAUCUGUGAGAAGGCGUUUCUGUAUGAGAAGAGCUUCCUGAAGCACAUCAAGCACCACCAUGGCGUAGCCACUGAGGUGGUGUACCGCUGUGACACCUGCUGCCAAACCUUUGCCAACCGCUGCAACCUGAAGAGCCAUCAGCGCCAUGUGCACAGCAGCGAGCGCCACUUUCCCUGCGAGCUAUGUGGGAAGAAGUUCAAGCGCAAGAAGGAUGUAAAGCGGCACGUGGUUCAGGUGCACGAGGGUGGUGGUGAGCGUCACCGCUGUGUCCAGUGUGGCAAGGGCCUGAGCUCCAAGACGGCACUGAGGCUGCAUGAGCGGACACACACGGGCGACAGGCCCUAUAGCUGCACAGAGUGUGGUGCCAAGUUCUCGCAGCCUUCAGCGCUCAAGACCCACAUGAGAAUUCAUACAGGGGAAAAACCUUUUGUCUGUGAUGAAUGUGGUGCAAGAUUCACUCAGAACCACAUGCUGAUUUAUCAUAAAAGGUGCCACACAGGUGAAAGGCCUUUUAUGUGUGAAACGUGUGGCAAGAGUUUUGCUUCUAAGGAGUACUUAAAACACCACAAUAGAAUCCAUACUGGAUCCAAACCCUUUAAAUGUGAAGUAUGUUUCAGGACUUUUGCCCAGCGGAAUUCACUUUACCAGCAUAAUAAAGUCCAUACAGGGGAGCGGCCCUAUUGUUGUGACCAGUGCGGGAAGCAGUUCACCCAGCUCAACGCCCUCCAGCGCCACCAUCGUAUCCACACUGGAGAGAAGCCAUUCAUGUGUAAUGCAUGUGGACGGACAUUUACUGACAAGUCCACUCUCCGGAGGCACACCACAAUACACGAUAAGAAUACUCCAUGGAAGUCUUUCCUUGUUAUUGUAGAUGGUUCACCCAAGAAUGAUGAAGAACAUAAGAUGGAGCAGCCUGAUGAAGAAUAUGCAUCACCCAAACUUCCAGAUAAAUUGCUGUCUUUUGCAGAAAAUGGCCAUUUUCACAACCUGGCCACAGUCCAAGGUGGUGUGCCUACUGUGCCUGAGAACAGUUCUGCUGACAUAGUCUGCAAGGUGGAGGACCCAGUGGUGUCCCAGGACUCUCUGCUUGCCACCACCAUCAGUGAGCUUAGUGAGCUGACUCCACAAACAGACUCAGUGUCCACACAGCUUCCCCCAUUGACCAACAUGGAGUAGGAGCUUGAAGUUGUGUGCCAAGCAGUCUUUGUGUGUGAUAGUUAUACUCCAGAUGAUGCCAGGGGCUAAGAAAAAUAAAUGAGUGUGUGCAAAGAUGCGGGCAAGAAUGACCUCUGCAGAUAUUCCCAAACUUCUACUAACUUGCACGUCUUUAUCACAGCAUUUUUAAAAGCUUUCCCUUAAAAAUCCCGAUCUGCAUGAUCUCGAUUACACUUUGUUGACAAGACAGUUAACAUAAGCUCCCUUAAUUCUGGUGUAUGCUAUAUGCGCUAAUCAUCCUAAUGCUUGAUCCUCUUGAUAUUUAGACCACUGCUUGUUAUAAUUGCAGAGUACAGAGAUCCAGCUCAUGAAAUUACUGUUAUGGUCUUCCUGGGCUCACCCUGCCUUAUACUUCCAUGUGUGUUUACUUCUCUUGAUUCUUUUGAGGUAUUUUUCUACACUGAAAUAAAAUUGGGACCAACUAUUUUCAGCUGUUUCUUCCUUGUUGAGUUGAAGCAAAUCAGAUUUGCUCUGGGGACCCUUGAAUGGGACUGAAGAAAUGGAUUAUUGUAUUUAUUCCUCAACCCUCUAUCUGUAGGCACGAAAAAAGGAAUGACAAAUUGAACACUCACAAAACUUUGUAUAUCUCUCUCUACUCAUAGCACACAUAGAGCAAGAGAGUUUGUCAUAAAAUCAACUUUUGAAAUGAAAUGUGGCUGUUCAGUUUCAUUCCUAAAAUCUGGAUUAGGUAAGAGCUAUCCUACCAAAGAGUCGAGCCAACUGUAGUAUUUUUUUGCAGAGUUGUGAAAAAAAAAAGGAAGAGGCUUUAGAAAGCACUAGAACAUUGGGUAGUUAUUUACAAAUAGCAAAAUAAGGUGACUCUGGCAGAUCUUAGAAUGCAGAGUAUUAGUAUUUUUGCUAGGUUUUCUGCCAUUUCUGUAAUUUCCAGAAACCCAGACUUCCUCGUUUCCACAUCAGGAGAUUGAAACAAUUGCCACAAAUCUGCUUCCUUAGGAGCAUGCAAGAAUCUGGACGGGACCAAAAGCCUUGGCACAUUCAUCUCAGAUUAUGCCUUAAUGAGCAGAUCAUACAGAACCCCUAACUGCCUUAGAGGCUCCUUUGGCUGUCUCAUGCUGGACUUAUUUUAUUGCUUGAAAAAAUUCACAAUGAAAAGAGGAUUCUGUUGUUAUUUGCUACUCCUGACCUAUGGUUCCAGGGCCUUGGGUGUGUGGUGUGUGCUUGUGAAAUGCUUUGCUUCCCAUGUAAUCCUUAAACAUUCAUUUUAAGAGCACUUUGAAGGAGAAUUCUCAUUUCCUACUUGCUUUCCCCCUGAUGUUAAUUUAUUAAAUUCACUGUGAAAACAUUUUGAUUUUCCAAGAGAAAGGUACCUUGUUCUUACAAUGAAGACAGAGCUGCACUAUGACAAACUGAGGGACGGUUUCUUCCUCACUGCUCAUUUCGUGUUAACAUGUUCAAGUAACUAGUGAAGUCACCUUGGGGUGUUCAGGCGCUGUUUCACACCUGCUCUUGAAGGUCACAAGACUGAAUUCUCCAAACUCAGUUAUGACCACAUCAUCAUAUCCUAGUUAUGUUUACAGAAUCAAAAUAGUGACUGUCAUACAACCGUUUUUAAUAUUGGAGAAGGAGACUGAACCUGCUCAGCCCAUGUACUGUUUAUGGAAUAAAGUCAUCUUGAUGAAAAGGAAUUUAAAAUAGUUUAUUUUGUUACCUACUGGAAGAAUUCUUGUCUUGAAUUUCUUUAGAAGUUCUACAUGAAAUUGUUGUGUUAAUAAAUGUCUGCUUUGCUAAAGUA